AUAAUUAGUAUUAUGAAUUUUCUUUUACUUAGAUAAAAAUGGGUUAUUUUUUUAAUAUAUUAUGAACCGAGGAAGUUCGUGUUGCUGUUGUGUGACAUCAAUUAUUGUAUCAUCAUUAAUUUUUUGCUUGUCACUAAUAUUCUAUUUUAUUGGAUAUAUAAUAAAGACAAAUUCUAUAAAAGCCUCCAUAUAGCAACAUCAUUGUCAUAUAGCAACACCAUUGUCAUAUAGCAACAGCAUCGUCAUAUAGCAAGAUCAUUAGUCGUCUGUAAAUAAAGCUUCAAACAUGUUGCAACAAAUACUGAAAGAUAUGUAUAUUGAUCCAGAACUUCUUGAAGAGUUGUCAGAGGAACAAAAACAGAUUUUGUUUCAUAAAAUGAGGGAGGAGCAAAUACGCAGAUAUAAGGAGCUAGAAAUUAAAUUAGAGGAGGAGGAAAAAACCAAACCUUUGCAAAAAAAAAAAAGCAACAAAAAAGUUACUUUUCUAUGUGAAGGUGAUAAGAUUAUUGUAGAGUAUAUCCAAGAUGUUGAUCCUAUAGAACUAAAAAAAAAAGAAGAAGAAGAUGCACUUCAAAGAGCUGCUGAUCAAGCACGUUAUGAAGCAGAAUUAAGUCGAAAGAAAGAACUUGAAGAGUUAGAAGCUCGAAAACUAGAAGAAAAAAUUAUAAAUAACAAAGAAACAAAAGUGUCAGAUAAUGUUUUGAAAAAUGAAGAUAAUUCUCAGACGACUACAGAUAUAAAACUUAAAACAGAUAAGGACGAAAUUGAAAAGUUAGAAAAGAUUAAACUUGAAGUAGAUGCACAAAAUAAAUUCCUUGAAGCAAAAAAAAAAGAAGAGGAAUUAAAAAAACGUGAAGCAGAACUUCUUGAGCAAGAAAAUCAACGCAAAGAAGAGCUUUACCAGCAAGCAAAGAAACUUCAAGAACAAAAGCGAAAACAAGAAGAAGAAGAGAACAAGCGGCUUGAGGAAGAAUGGAAAGAGCGAGAAGCUAAAGCUAAGAUGGAAGAUGAAAAACGUCGAAAUUCAUUUACUCAGAGCAAAGUAGAAUACAAGCGAAUACAGAAAUUAGCCAAAGAAAGAGAGGAGUUAAGUAAAUUGCAAAAGCAAAUUCCUGUUCAUGAAGAAGAGCAUCAUAAAGAAAAAACUCGUACUGUUGCUUUAGUUAGUGUAAUUUCUGAUCAAGAACAAAUCUCAACUUCCUUAAACCAUACCGAUCGAAAAUCUUUGAAAAAAGAUGAUCGGUCAAUGCGCCCACCUCUUCCGCCACGCCCAACAAUAUCUGGUCCAGUAAAUGUCAGUACUGUCACAAGAAGUCAAAAUGAUACUGUUGCUAUUAAACGUGAUGUGGUUAAACCCACGAAUCGACCUCCUCCAGCACCUGAACAGCCUGAUGUUGUAAAAAAUCAAAUUCGACCUGCUAGGCCUAAAAACCGAGAAGAGGUUUCAAAAUGGUGGAAGGAAAUUGAAUAUUCUCGACAAGCUGGGCUUGAUAAAGAGUUUAAUCCGUUAUUAUGGUUUCAUGGUAUUAUUUCCCGCCAUGAAGCAGAGAAAAUUUUAGAAAAGAAAGACAAAGGUUCCUUUUUAGUAAGAGUUAGCGAACGCGUAUGGGGUUAUACAGUAUCAUUUAAAGAUAUUGCUCGAUGUAAACAUUUUCUUAUUGAUACCUCUGCUAAUGGUUAUCAAUUUUUUGGUACAGAACAGAUUGUUCAUAAUUCUUUAAAUGAAUUAAUUGAUUAUCAUAAAAUAAAUCCUAUAUCUGGAUUAGGUCAGGAGAUAUUAAUUUAUCCAUGCGGUCAAGAAACUAACCCACCAGAUUAUGCUGAUUUAUUUGUUGAAAAUACUUUGGUUUAAUAUGAUAUACAUACACUGUUUUGCAUUGCAUACAGAUAACAACAAAUUAUAUUUAUAUUAUCAUAAUGUUACUUGUAAACCUAAUUUACCUUGUUAAAUAAAUUUGUAGAAAAUUUGUAGAUAAAAAGAUUAGGAAUUAUUGUCUGUAUUUUGCACACAGUUGUAAAUAGUAUGAUUUGUGUUUUCAUUA